AAAAAAAAAAAACACAGCUCAAAACAAAACGUGAGGUUAUCUUGUGAAUAAAUAACUUUGAAUUAAAUAUAUUUACAAUGCCGAAACCUACGAAGCUACAUGCGAAAAAGAAGCCUACCUCUAUUCAGAAGUCGGUGAACGUAGAUAACGAGAGCUCUGCAGGAGCUGAUCCUGAAGAAUCUUUAAGACAAUUCCAGUUGGAGUUGUGUUGGUGUAUCCAACAGUUAGAAAAAACGUUAGCUGAAAACAAAGGGAAUGAAAAGCAAUUGACUGAAGCGUGGAAGGUGGUAAAUGUGUUAAAAAACAACAGCCAACCCAUUAUACGGAAGAGGCAGCUCAUGAGGACGCAUUUCGGUGACUACAGGGCGAAAAUGGCAGCUGAAGAAAAGAAACUAGCUAAAAUGACAAGUAAAAUCAAGAUAACAGACACACCGGCCCAGCCAAAAGCAACGUUCCUCAGAAAAUCAGCAUUUUUGACAACCAGAGACUCAACAUUUAGGUUCAACUUCGACUUAGCCCCAGAUCAAGUUGAUGCUGGCAACACAAUAGAUGGCAACACUUUACAAGAGGCAACAGCAGCCAUAGACAAUAAAAAUAAUGAUACCAGUAUUAAAAAUGAUACUAAAUCACAAGAAAACAAGAAAUUCAAAUUUACUUUCACUGAUUCUGAAUUUAAAUUUAAUUUUAAUAAUAUAAAUAAUUCCUAACAAUCA